AUGUGCCAUACCUCUGUUGCGACGAUGCAAACUAAUUUCAAUAGUUACUCGACAGGCCAGGCGCAGAUUAGUGAGGAAUUUGGCAUUUCAAGCGAAGUUUCCACGCUAGGUACCUCGUUGCUGUUAUUCGGUCUUGGUCUUGGCCCAUUGAUCUGGGCUCCUCUCUCGGAGCUCUAUGGGCGCAAGACUGCUGUCCUGCCACCAUACUUCUUAGCGGCCAUUUUUUCUUUUGGUACUGCGACCGCCAAGGAUAUCCAGACCAUCAUGAUCACCCGAUUCUUUACUGGAUUCUUUGGCUCGGCUCCUGUCACCAACACAGGUGGUGUCUUGAGUGAUAUCUGGACGCCCGAAGAACGCGGCGCUGCUAUUGUCGGCUAUGCCAUGGCCGUGGUAGGAGGACCAGUCCUUGGUCCCAUUGCCGGCGGUGCAAUCUGUCAAAGCGGACUAGGAUGGCGCUGGACUGAAUACAUCACCGGUAUAAUGAUGCUUUUCUUCCUCGCGAUGGACCUCCUCUUCGUGGACGAGAGCUACCCACCAGUGCUACUAGUCUACAAAGCGCAACGCCUCCGCUUCGAAAGCGGCAAUUGGGCUUUACACGCACGACACGAAGAGUGGGACGUCACACUCAAAGAAAUCGGAAACAAGUACCUCAUCCGUCCUUUCCGGCUUCUCGCAACGCCAAUCUGUUUCCUCGUUGCUCUGUAUGCCUCUUUCGUCUACGGCAUCCUUUACCUCAGUCUAGCAGCAUUCCCCAUCGUUUUCCAAGAGAUCCGAGGCUGGAACCAAGUCGUCGGUGCUCUGCCUUUCCUCGCAUACCUCGUCGGUAUUCUAAUAGGCGCUUGCAUCAACCUCGCCAACCAGAAAUUCUACAUCAAACGCUUCAAAGCGAACAAUAAUCGCGCCGUGCCCGAAGCCCGUCUCCCACCAAUGAUGAUCGGUUCCGUUCUAUUUGCCGGAGGCAUGUUCGUCUUCGGCUGGACAAGCCCCAAGCACAUCCAUUGGAUCGCGCCGAAUAUCGGUGCCGUCAUGAUGGGAUUCGGGUUCUUCACGAUCUUCCAAGCGGCAUUGAAUUAUCUGAUCGAUACAUUCCAGAAAUACUCUGCCAGUGCUGUUGCGGCGAAUACGUUCCUCCGCUCGGUCUUUGCGGGUUGUUUCCCGCUUUUCACGUCGGCCAUGUUCCAUAACCUGGGUGUUCCUUGGGCUGCGAGUAUCUUGGGAUUCUUGGCUGUGGCGCUGAUUCCUAUUCCAUACUUGUUUUAUAGGUUCGGAAAACGGAUUCGAGCACGCGGGACGUGGUCGAAGGAUUCGGUUUGA